GUGAGUAUCACCAGCGGCGUUGCCGAGAGGCAAGAUACACGUGGGGAGCCCAAGUCGGACAAAUUCCCUUUCUUUGUUCCUGUUCAAGUGGUAAAGCCUUCUAAGGACCACAAUAACCUGCAAGUAGGAGGCGACCUCCUGCCACACUCACGAG